AUGAGCGAAGAUAGUCAGCCACGUCUUCUGGAAUCCGAUCCCAACCCGGGGGACCGUGAUCUGAAAGCAGUAAAUUCCAAUCCAAGUGACAAUCGACUCAACAAUCAAAGCGAUGAUUAUGAGCCGGAAUGGGUGGAGGGAAUCACUCUGGUGAUGGUGAUCUCAGGUAUCACCCUUGUCGUGUUUUUGAUGCUGUUGGAUAUGUCGUUUGUUUCCACGGCCAUACCAAAAAUCACCACUCAAUUUGACUCACUGGGUGACGUUGCAUGGUACGGGAGUGCAUAUACAAUCUCCAGUGCUGCCUUCCAGCCGCUGACCGGGAAAUUUUACAACUACCUGUCAUCAAAGUGGACCUUCCUCUCUUUCUUCGGUAUAUUCGAAGUGGGCUCCUUGGUUUGUGGGGUAGCAAAUUCCUCCAAAAUGCUCAUCAUCGGCCGCGCUGUGGCAGGUGUUGGAUCAUCGGGCAUGAUGAACGGGGCGUUAAAUAUACUGGCCGGUGCAGUGCCGAUCAAAAGGAGACCAACAAUGAUUGGGAUCAUCAUGGGGGUUGGUCAACUGGGCUUAGUUGGAGGGCCACUGGUUGGUGGUGCUUUUACGACUUACUCGACUUGGCGAUGGUGCUUCUACAUGAACCUUCCUGUCGGGGCGUUACCAAAACAACCCGCCCGCGAGGUUCUACGUUCAGUGGUCCUUCGGAGAUUCGACUUCAUUGGGUUUGUGCUUUUCGCACCAGCCUCGAUCAUGCUUCUUCUCGCUCUACAAUAUGGUGGGAAUGAGUACUCUUGGGACAGUGCAACUGUCAUUGGCUUAAUCUGUGGAUCGGUCGCGACUUUCGUGGUUUUUGGUUUGUGGGAACGGCAUAUGGGCAUCGAGGCAAUGAUUCCGGGUCAUUUAGUUCGCGAUAAGAUUGUCUUUUUCAGCAGUCUACUGUCGAUGAUGAUAUUUGGGUUCACGAUGAUUCUCUCAUACUAUCUGCCCAUCUACUUCCAGUCUGUCCGGGACAAGUCCGCCUUGGUAAGCGGUGUCGACUUGUUGCCAAAUAUUCUAUGCCAGCUGGUCAUGGCCGUGGUAUCCGGGGUGCUGACCUCAAAGCUUGGCUACUAUCUUCCCUGGGGAGUUUUUGGUGCUAUUCUAAAUGCCCUAGGAAACGGCCUGCUCUCCACUUUGUCGCCCACUACCUCGGUGCCCAGUUGGGCCGGCUACGAAUCUUUGGUAGGAUUCGGUCGAGGUGCCAUCUCCCAAGUACCCAUGAUUGCCAUCCAGAACGCGGUCAAAGGUGAUGACGUCUCAACCGCCAUGGCUAUGAUGACCUGUGCCCAGACCUUUGGUGGGGCCAUCUUCCUGGCCGUGGGGCAAGUCAUAUUCGCCCAGACCCUCAGGCAGAAGAUCCCCGAGUACGCCCCCUCAGCGAAUGUCGACGAAAUAAUCGCUGCCGGUGCGACCGGAUUCCGCGAAAAUGUGUCGGCGCAGAACUUGCCGGGCGUGUUGGCAGCGUACGCAAAGAGUGUAGACUCAGUUUUCUAUUUGAAUGUUGCGCUAUCUUGUGCCCAGUUUGUUUUCGCAUGGGGAGUUGGAUGGAAGAGUGUGAAGAAGGAGAAGCAAAAGGAUUCGGAGGAGGAGAAAGUGGUAGAGUCGGCGUGA